UGCAAAUUGAAGCUCAGAGCAGUGUGGGAAUGGAGACACUGUAGAUGUAGGUUCUCUCUCUCUCUCUCUCUCUCUCUCUUUUCUUUUUAUAAGAGAAAACCCGCUGUUUGCUUCUUACAUGUUUCUUUACAAAUGGAGAACUACCGAGGCAAAGGUGAUUUAAACGACAUAGUUCGGGCAAGUGGUGGUGGUCCAUUGAGCUGUGUCAUUAGUCAAGGCUCGGAUACGGUUCCAACUUCAAGCUGGCAGCAAUUCCCCUCUGAUCCAUUGAAUUUCUCAUCUUCAGCCAUGGAAGGUUAUGGUUUAAACGCUUUCGGUGACCCUUUCUCGAGUAUCUCCGAUCCACUUCUUCACGAGCUCGAUGUGGCUGCUGGUUCGACAUAUUUUAGCAGCCCUAGUUCAGCCGAUCAUCGUCGUAUCAUCAAUAACAGCUCCACCACCGUUGAUGAUGCGACGAACUUCCCCGAUUCAACAACAACCGUGGGUCAAAGUAAGCUGUUUGAAGAAGAUAUGCGGAGUCCUUGUAACAUAUUUUCUCGGAUUCAGAUCUUCCCGGUAAGCUCAAGUAAUCUACCUUUGUCGCCCUGUGAUUCGCCGAUAAUGACUGCAACGGGUGUUUCCCUAAGAGGAAUUAAGGCGCCUGCUGUGCUUCCAAGCGACAUGAUUAACGCCAAAACCACCUCAAAACAUAGAUUGAUCGAUAAUAUUGGCCCAGUGCAGAUCUCAUCUCCGCGGAAUCUGGGUAUCAAGAGGAGGUUCGGAAAGACCCAGGUUAAGAAGGUGGUUUGUAUUCCAGCACCAGCAGCUGCAAACAGCAGGUCUAGUGGAGAAGUAGUUCCUUCUGAUCUGUGGGCAUGGAGAAAAUAUGGGCAGAAACCCAUCAAAGGUUCCCCUUAUCCAAGGGGAUACUACAGAUGCAGCAGUUCCAAAGGCUGCUCUGCAAGGAAGCAAGUGGAGCGAAGCCGAAAUGAUCCCAACAUGCUUGUGAUCACCUACACAUCCGAGCACAAUCAUCCAUGGCCGACUCAAAGGAAUGCUCUCGCGGGAUCAACAAGGUCUCAGCCAUCCAAAACCAAUAAUGCUUCUUCCGCCCCCAAGAUAAUAAACCCCAAGGAUGAAGAGCUUAAAGAGAGCAGCAACGAUUCAUUGUCUCCCACUAAUGUAGCUGCUGUUGUCAGCUCAACCGCAAGUGCAUCGGCUAAAGAAGAGAGCGAGGACAUGGAGAAGAAGCUGGAAAUGGAGGAUGGUGAAUUUGCCCAAGGAAUCCCUCAAAACUACACACCGGCAUUAAUGGCAGACUCCCAGCAAGCCGAGGAUUUCUUUGCUGAAUUGGAUGAGAUAGAGACAGACCCUCUUAACCAAUUGUUUCCACAUGGAUUCAGUCAGGAUGAGCAGAAAGAAAAGAAAACAACGGAUCCUUUUGGCCUGUUUGGUUGUCCAGGGAACAACGGUGCUUCUUUCUAAUUAAAAGAAAAGCCAUAAACCUUGAAUUUGAAGUUUAAUUCGGAUUCAAGGUCAUGCUAUGAACCCUUAUGACCAUGUUGGGGUUAUAUUUUUGUUGCUAUUCACCAGAAUAGUACGGGAGAUUAGGGGGAACGGGAUGAGUGGAGUCCCACAUUCCUUUUGGAUGGGACAGAAAGCUGAGGAACAGAAGGUUUAAAUAGUGCAAACAAAUUCGUGCCAUCAGACAUGACUGGAAAACUCAGGCAGCAGAUUGAUUUAGGAUGGACUUGCCCUUCCUUCCUUCAUUUUUUUCUUUUCUUUUUAGUGGAAAUUUAUUAAGGGAGAGAGGGGGAGAAACCCAUGAUUAAAAUGCUUUGAUGGUGAGUAAAUAGGUGGUAAAAAAAUCGUUUGAAAAGCUUGACUUCUUUGUCAAAUCUUAUUAUCUAGGGAUAUGUGCAAAUGAGUGAUGAUGAUUU